GUGCGUGUUAUCUUGAUGAUUUUUGAAGUUAUGGUGGGAGUGCGUGUGAGAAACAAUCAAAACACUCGUACACAGAGGCAAGGUCCAACUACCAUCGCAUCGUUGUCAUGGAUGCAAUGGCCGCGUUCAAGACAAGGUGCGCUGCGAUUCUUCGUUAAAAUUCGUAAACGAGCGACGGACAAGACGCUUUCAUCGCAACCCAAGUGUUCCGCAACUUCAACAGAGCUACCAUGGCUCCCACGAUUCAAACGGGAACGCAGGCUGUUGAGAGAGAUCGCAAGAAACCCGGCGAGCGCAGGUCGGAGCUGGUGUGCCGAGUCAAAUACUGCAACACUCUUCCAGACAUUCCCUUCGACCCCAAAUUCAUCGCAUACCCGUUCGAACCAAACAGGUUUGUGUCCUACAAGGCGACGUCGCUCGAGCGCAACUACAAGCACGACCUGCUGACAGAGCAUGAUCUUGGAGUCACCAUCGACCUCAUCGACCCAAAGACAUACGAAAUAGACGCAAACGCUGUCCUACAUCCAGAUGACGAGAAGCUUCUCGAAGAAGACGCCCACACGCCGCAGGACUCGAAAAGGUCACGGCAUCACAACCUGGUGGUUCCCUGGCUCAAGAAGACGGAGUACAUCGCCACGGAAUUCAACCGUUACGGACAGUCCGGCGUCAACACGGAGACAAAGGUCGGCUACAAUGUCAAGAAGUUGUUCAAGGAAGAGGAUCUCUACAUGGACAGGGAGAGCCAGAUCAGUGCCAUCAACAAAACGUUUGAGGAAGCUCAAAAGCAGAUCGAGUGCCACUACAGCAAACCCAACGUCAGGCCGGUGGAGGUUCUCCCGCUGUUCCCAGACUCUGAGCUGUGGAAGUAUCCGUUUGCGCAAGUCAUGUUCGACUCGGACCCCGCGCCCAUCACGCAGUUGGAGGAGAUGUCGCAAGCCAUGAUCAGGGGUGUGAUGGACGAGAGCGGAGAGCAGUUUGUGGCCUACUUCCUGCCAACGGAGGACACCAUCCGCAAGCGCAAGCGAGACGCCGAGGAGAAAGUGGAGUACAUGGACGAGGAUGAGUACGAGUACCGCAUGGCCCGCGAGUACAACUGGAACGUCAAGAAUAAGGCGUCCAAGGGCUACGAGGAGAACUAUUUCUUUGUGUUCCGAGAGGACGGCGUCUUCUACAAUGAGCUUGAGACCAGGGUGCGCCUGAGCAAACGCCGGCUGAAACCCGGGGUCCAGCCCAACAACUCCAAGCUGGUGGUGCGACACCGGCCGCUCAACGAGGUGGAGCACAAGACACAGCAAAUCCGGCUGACUCAGCUCGAGCAGCCUCAAGAAGAAGAGGAGGAGGAAGAGGAGGAGGAGGAAGAGGAAGAAGAGGAGGAGGAGGGAGAGAAGAACGGCGAGGAGGAGAAAGAAUCGGAGGCGGGGUCAGACGCGGAGGAGAAGUCGGAUGCCGAGAGCGAACAGGAGGCUGGAGAGAAGGAGAGUCCGGUUGCGGCGGCCACCAAGAGGAAGUCCGGUUCCGGUUCGUCGUCGUCAUCGUCUAUGUCCGGUUCAUCCUCGAGCGAGGAGGAAGAGGAGGAGGAUGACGAGAAAAAGCGCAGGGACGAGGAAGAGAUCUUCGGAAGCGACAGCGACUAACGUCGCUGGCCGACGCCAUCGCGGUUUGUGUACAUUUGCUCUCUUUACGCGGAAUAAAACCAGCAGAUCGUCA